CGCAUGGUCUUUGCAGGUUUGAGCCGAGAUUCUAUUGCCCUCAGUUAAACCACGUUUUUCCUUAAAAGGAUGAUAUUUACAUUCCAUCAACUAUGUCCUACUUUUCUGAUGACCCAUUUCUUCAUUUUUCCCCCUUUAUAUACUGAGAAUGACUUUGGGAUGUUGGAUCACUCACAUGCUUUGGUUUGAAGGAAAAAAAAUGGGAUUUUUUAGAAGUGAGGGUGUGAUUUACAAGCCUGUUGAUGAAAUUGAUAUUGGCCCUUAUAGUGAUGAAGUUUAUAUUAGCCCAAAUGUCAAAGCUCCGCGUAUGGCUGGAUUUUUGGUUAAACUUUUUGUUUGGAUUCUGGAGUCCAGGAUAAUUGGAAUGAUUAUCUUGUACUUCCUUAAGAAAGAUAAUUUGAUUAAUAAGCUUGUUUCAUGGGCAGAAUUGGAAGAGUCACCUGUAUAUGUUCCUUUACAUCCAUCUGAAGACUUCCCUGAACAAGAAGUAAGAUGCGUGAGUUCUAACAGUAACCCAUGUCAACGUGUACAAGAUGCUGUAGAGUGCCUGCCUUCUUCAGAAAAUAUUUCAAGUGAGAUAAAUCUUUCUUUUCAACGCUGGACGAUAAUGGACUAUUCUAAAGCGUAUACAUCCGGGGUUCUCACUCCAAGCAUGGUGGCAGAGAGGUUCAUUAAAGCUGUGGAACAAUCGUCUAGUACUAACGCCAACAUGUCAUUCUUUAUCAGCUGUGAUGCCAACAACAUUCUGGAGCAAGCGGCUGAGUCUACUAUUCGUCAUAAAAAAGGUGAAACACUAUCAGUUCUAGAUGGAGUGCCAAUUGCCAUUAAAGAUGAGAUAGACUGUGCCCCUUAUCCAACUACAGGAGGUACGACUUGGUUACACAAAUUUAGAUCCUGCAGAAAUGAUGCUUGCUGUGUUGAGCAACUGAGGUUAUGUGGUGCAAUACUUGUUGGGAAGACCAACAUGCAUGAGCUUGGUGCUGGGACAAGUGGAAUAAAUCCUCACUAUGGGGCUACUCGAAAUCCUUACAAUACUAACCGGAUAUCGGGAGGCUCUUCUAGUGGGUCAGCUGCAGUUGUUUGUGCAGGAUUAUGUCCGGUUGCUCUUGGUGUUGAUGGUGGCGGGUCAGUUCGUAUGCCUGCAGCUCUUUGUGGGGUUGUUGGUUUCAAGCCUACUUUCGGACGCGUUCCUCAUACUGGUGUACUUCCUCUGAAUUGGACGGUUGGGAUGGUUGGAGUUUUAUCUGGCACAGUUGAAGAUGCUUUGAUAACUUAUGCAGCUAUCAGUGGCCAACUCCUCUUAGAUCAACCUACAGUCUUAGAGCCUAUAGUUAAAUUGCCGAUGUUGAGAACAGACACAUUCAUUGGUGAUGUCAAAUUGGCCAAAUACGGGAAGUGGUUUGAUGACUGUCAUGCUGAUAUCAAACUUUGCUGCUCCAGUGCUCUCAAUAAGCUUCAGAAGUGUUAUGGGUGGGAGAUUGUAGAGGUGACAAUACCAGAAAUAGAGACAAUGCGAUUAGCACACUAUCUAACAAUCGGAUCUGAGUGCACUGCUGCUCUUGACCAUCUUCGACAGAAGCUGGCCUCUGCAGAACUUGGAUGGGAUGCAAGAGUUGCACUUUCGAUAUAUGGUGCCUUUAAUGGCAUGGAAUACAUCAAAGCUCAGAAAAUCAGGAACCGACAUAUGCAUUUCUAUAACAAGAUAUUAUCCAACACCGAUGUUAUUGUUACUCCUACAACUGGUGUAACUGCAUACCAGAUCAAAGACGAUGCUUCAGAAACCGGUGAACUCGAUUACAUUAAUGGAGCUGCACUGGUACGGUAUCAAAUAGCAGGAAAUUUUCUUGGUCUGCCUGCUGUAACUGUGCCGAUUGGAUAUGAUGCAGCAGGGCUGCCUAUCGGGCUUCAGUUUAUCGGAAGACCAUGGGCUGAAGCAACUCUAUUACACAUAGCUUUCGCAGUCCAGGCUGUUUGCAAAUCAGAGUACAGGAAGCCAGAAGUUUUUUAUGAUCUUUUCAGCACAAUAUGAUCAAACUAGCGAGUGGUAUUGGAUUUGAGGGAGAAAUAUAAAAUGAGAUUUGUAAAGCAUCAAGCAUUCACUGAUCUAUACUGCACCAGAAUGAUAGAGGCCAGAGGGGGUUGUUUAUACUGAAUAGAUUUUUUACUGUGAGCUAAACUGUUGAUGCUUAAAGUUGAAAUUGUUGUAUUUUAUGAUAUGAAAAAUUGGGUAGAGAAAAUGAUUCAUAUAAAUGUAUUGAAAAAGAAAGAUAUAGUUUGCAAUUGCAAUAUUAAUUUUACUACAUUUUUUUUCUA